AUGGCAGACACCGAAAGUAUAGUGAGAGAAGAAACUCCUAACGCGGUAAUCGAGAGAGCUAAAAAAUUCCUACGUGAAGGCUGUGGAUGUUCGCGUGGUUCGAAAGGGGGUCCCUGUUCAAGAGAAUUUAGAGAAGAAACGGUGCUAUUUAAUCUCAAUAACUGUCUCGAGUUGACAAGUGGAGAGCUCGACUUGAUAAUUUUAGCCAACAUACAAGCUUUCACACGCAACGACUACGUUGGAACUAAGAGAAACGGAACUUCAAGAUGCACGUAUCAGUUUCAGUCUGUCCUGAUUUGCAAAGAGAUGUUUCUUCACCUUCAUGGUAUAAGUUAUUCUCGACUUCGUCGACUCAAGGAACAUUACGAGACGCAUGGUAUCUAUCCGCGAACCCUUGGAAACACCAAAAGGCUUCCCAGUAACACUCUUCCCCAGUCAACCACAGAGAACGUUCAUAAUUUUCUAACUAAUUACGUAGAAGAGAACGCAUUUGUUCUACCUGGAAGAAUACCUGGAUUCAAGUCCGAGGAUGUAAAGGUGUUGUCUUCAAGCGAAACAAAAAUGAGUGUUUGGCGUGUGUACACUGCCACUUGCGAGACUUCUGGAGAACAAUCCGUUAGCUACAGCAAAUUGGUCGAUCUUUGGCAGCAGUUUUGUCCAAACGUUGUUGUGGCAAAACCAUUGACCGAUCUGUGCUUUACUUGUCAGCAGAAUACAACCAAACUUGUACGGGCCGCAAACCUUCCUGAGCACGAAAAGGCUGACUACAUAAAAGCCCAACAGGAACAUUUGGACUGCGCCCAGACUGAGAGAGACUUUUACAGACAAACUUGUUUAGAUUCAGCAGCGACUUUCAAGCAAAUAGAAGAGGAAAUGAAUUUGAACGAAGAACAUGAACCGUGUUCAUUUAAUGGCACCAUGCAUUACUCUUUUGAUUAUACGCAACAAGUCCACUUUCCAAGCAACCCGAUGCAACCCGGGCCGAUCUAUUUUAAGACCCCUCGCAAAUGUGGAAUUUUCGGAGUCAUGUGCGAAGGUGUACCCCGUCAAAUAAACUAUUUAAUUGACGAAGCUGCGACUGUUGGUAAGGGGGCCAAUGCUACAAUAAGUUACGUUCAUCACUUCUUUUCGCGUCAUGGUCUGGGGGAAACAGAUGUUCACUUAAAUGCUGAUAAUUGUUCGGGACAGAACAAAAACAAUUACUUUUUAUGGUAUUUAGCAUGGCGGACUGCAACUGAACUUCAUCGUAAUAUAAACUACUCCUUUCUCAUUGCUGGACAUACUAAAUUUGGCCCAGAUCGUUGUUUCGGGAUUCUUAAGAAGUCGUUCAAAGUCAGUUUUAUUUCUUCACUUUAUGAACUUGCUAGAAUGGUGGACACGUCAAGUAACGCAGGAGUCAACAAAGCUCAACUGGUAGCCACUCACGAUGGCCGAGUCAUAGUACCUGUAUAUGACUGGAGCACUUUUCUGGGACAGUAUUUUAAAAAACUCCCGAAUAUUAAAAAAUUUCACCACUUUCGAUUUUCAAAGGAUGAACCAGGCGUCGUCUACUGCCGAGAGUUUUUGUCAUCUCCGAAACAAGCUUUUUUUUUACUAAGGAAUGGCGUUGCUAUCCCUCCAGGUUCAGUGCUUCCACAAAAGAUCAACCCAGAAGGUUUAAGCGAGGAACGUCGAAAUUACUUGUAUCGCGAAAUCAGGCAGUUUUGUAAGCCUGGAACGGAAGACUUAGUUGCACCAGUUCCAUGA